AUUUGUUUACAAUUUAGGUGAAGUCACUAAAGUGUCGCUUUCGCUUAGAGUGCUUAACUGUGUGCUGUCAAUUUUUGCCUCUUUGACGGAUGAUUUUUGUAGAACUUAGUUAAUAUCAGCUUGGCAUAUUGAACAAUUGUAAGUCUGGCCUUGUUGGCAGAGUUGAUAGCUGUACUGGAUGAGAAUGCACUGAAAAUUGUGGACAACGAUCUCUCGUAUAUGAGGUAAAUUAUGGAGAACUCAGAAGAUCUGAUAGAAGAAAUAAGUUUUACAGAUCAGUGGAACCUGCAGAGCAUUGAAACAAUAUCCUUUUUGCAGGACAAGUUGCAACCACGGGAAUCUUUUGUUGUGCAGGCAUCUGUUCUUGGGGACAAUCGAGAGGUGUUCACUUUCUUCUUCCCUAUUAUUGCCGGCCUAAAAAUUGAACUUGGAGCUCGUGCGUUAUGGGCAGCUAUUUUGGUUGAAUGGUCGAAUUUGAUCCUAAAAUGGGCUUUCAAAGGUGACCGUCCCUACUGGUGGGUUGGUGAAACAUACUUAUAUAGUGAUGAAACCCGUCCGGAACUAAGGCAGUUUCCAAACACUUGUGAAGCUGGUCCUGGGAUGCCAUCUGGUCAUCUGAUGAUGAAUACUGCCUUUUUCUUUGUCGUUGUAAAAGGAAUAAUCUCUCUAUUUAUAUGGGACACCAGAAGAUUGAACAAAUCUAUGAAGAUUGUUUUGACAGUUUUGCUGUAUACUGCUUAUGCAUUAUGGAUUGGAGUCAUAUUCAUUUCUCGACUCUACAUUCAAGCCCACUUUAUUCAUCAGUGUGUUUUUGGCAUAGUUGUGGGUUUGGUGGUGGGCCACUUAGCUUGGAGUAGUCAGUGGCUUUUGAGGCUGAAUAUGCUCAUGGCCAUUGUUGUGGCCAAUAUGCUAUUUGCUAUUUCUGUUUUGACAUAUAUCUUCUUGAUGUCACAAGGACUUGAUCCUUUGUGGAGCAUCCCAUUAGCUCUUAGGCACUGCACCCACCCUGAGAAUGUCAAGAUCGAUACCCAGCCAUUUUACCUGAUGGUUAGAUUCACUGGAGCAGCUUUGGGUUUAGGACUUGGGAUAGCAUCAGAACAGUAUCCACAUCUCAUAAAAUGUCCAUUACAUGUUAUUCGUGUUGUUCUGGGCAUUAAGGGAGGAAUACUUAUUGGUAAAAUGGCCUCCAUAAUUCAGGCCAGUAUCCCAACUGAUGAUAUGGUGUUGUUUCUGACGCUGUCUUUGGGUAUCAACAUAGUCUUACCGUACCUAGUCGUCUGUAUUGUACCUCAUUUUCUGAUUUCGGUGUAUCCACCAAACUUAGCAAACAGAAAUCCUCCAAAUUUAUCAAAAAGAAAUUAGGCAUUGUACAAGAUCAUUUAUUAAAUGCGAUUUCUUGA